AUGAAGGAUAUCACAGACGGCACUCAUUUGAUACAACUAUGGCUUUCAAAUGAUGAGCUCAUGGAUUGUGAAUUCACAAUUUUCACUGAAUUGAUCCUUAAGUCUAGUUUAAAAUGUUUUCCCAUAUUCUCAUUCAUAUUCCCCGAUAUUGUGUGCCAUAACAGCGCCAAUAACACCGACCAGUGGUCUCAGUGGUCGUAUUUAACUGAUUACAAGCAAUAUCACGAUCGAUGCCAUCGACUCCACAAAAAACUUCUCAAACAAAUGAACUUUAAGUCCAAGUCGUCAAAGAAAAACGAAUUACAGAGAUGGAAGCGCUCAGAUUUGUUGGUAUUUCCCGGAACUAAUUGGUGUGGAAAAGGAUCCAAUAGUAAGAGUUUUGAGGACUUAGGAGAUCACAGUUUUGCUGACAGAUGUUGCCGAGACCACGAUUACUGUAAAAACACAAUACCACCCUUUUCAUGGAAAUAUCAUCUCUUUAACUAUAGGUUUCAUUAUGUGUCCCACUGUUCAUGUGAUGAGAGAACAGAAAGCCUUUCGUUGAAUGGCUUUACUUGUGAUAAGGCAUUGAAUAGCCAUUCAAUUCUCUCAUAUAAACCAAUAGGAGUACACUAUACGGUAGUGUCUAAUAUUAGAGACGACUAA